UAAUUAAACAGUCAUCAGAAUGACAGAAGGCAGUCAUUGUAUGUACUUUGUGAAACGAAAAAAGCGUUUCUGUCGUAUGACGGUUAGAAAAGGGAAUAAAUAUUGCGGUGAACAUCAAGAAAAUUCACUGGAUGUUUCAGUUGGUGAUGAAGAAAUUGGAAAGAAACGAGUAAAGUGCCCGCUUGACCCUAGACAUACUUGCUAUGCAUCACGGUUGUCUGCACACUUAAAGGUGUGUAAUGCUAAGCGAGUAAUCGACUCACAGCCUUCAUUUAUAGUCAAAGGAAUUAAUGUGGACAGACAUUGUGAAAUACCAUCACACAUACCACUCUGUGAACUCAGUCAACUUGUUGUAGAUGCAGUCAUAGAUAAAGUCAAGGCUGCUCAUGAGAAGUUACCACUGUUUUCAGAGGAUGUAUUACAACACAAAGUACUUCAAAGUAAAAUAAAUGAUGAAUCCUGUGGAAGGACUAUUAAGAAACACCUCUUACAAAACUCAUCAUUACUAUCACAUUUAGAAUAUGUUGGUCUUAUACAAGAUAGUACAUGUUUUAUUGAGUUUGGAGCAGGAAAGGGCAAACUGACAUAUUGGCUGGGCCAAAUUAUAAAAGAUAAAAAAGAUAGUUGCAUUUUGUUGGUAGAUCGCUCAAGUCACAGGCAUAAAAGUGACAAUAAGUUGAAGAAUGAACAAUCUCCUCUUGUGAUAAAAAGGAUACGAGCUGAUAUUGCUGAUCUGAAGCUGAAUAACAUUACAGAGAUUCAAAAGUUCCAUUAUAAAGUUGGCAUUGCCAAACACUUGUGUGGAGCAGCUACAGAUUUAACUAUAAGGUGUUUAGUUCAAGCAAUGCAAGAUGAACCUAAAUGCAAUGUUAAUGGCUUAGUAAUUGCAUUCUGCUGCCAUCACAGAUGUGAUUAUGCAACAUAUAUUGGCAAACAUUACUUGGAGCAAUGUGGAUUUACAUCGACUGAAUUUCCAGUUUUAUGUAGUAUUGCAAGCUGGGCAACAUGUGGAUCCAAUUUUAACAAAAUAGCUUCAGAUCAAUCUAGGCAAAAUGAUGCUAAAGACACAAGAUCAGGUACAAAAAGUUUAACUUCAAUUGAGAAGGAAAAUAUUGGCCAUAAAGUGAAGUCACUACUAAACUGGGGUCGUUUAGAAUUUCUGAAAAGUGUUGGAUUCCAAAGCAAUUUAAUUUAUUACACCACCACUGAUGUAUCCCUUGAAAAUAUGUGUAUUAUAGCCACUAAGAAAUAA